ACGCAUCUCUCUCUCACUCGGCCCCUCCCUCUCCCAUUCUGCCCAGUCCACUCACCCACCCGUGUCUGUGUCCGGCGACGACGGCGAGGAAGGAAGGGAAGAAGGGGAUCGCGGAGCAGCAGCAGCCAUGGGCGUGAUGGGCAGGCUCAAGAUCUUCGUCGUCAAGGAGCCCGUCGUCGCCGCCUCCUGCCUCAUCGCCGGAUUCGGUCUAUUUCUUCCGGCGUUUGUUAGGCCAAUGUUGGAUUCUUGGGAGACUGAGAAAAAUGCCAAAACCCCAGUUGAACUAAAAGAUGUGGUCGCAGGUGUCACCGGCAAGAAAGCUUAGUGAUCAACGUCUCUUCGCUCUGCUGAUGUUGUCUACACAUUUUGUUCUGCUUGUUUUUGGUGCCCAGACGAGCGGGCUCUCUUCUGGGAUUGUAAUCGGAUCGGCUGAAAUAAUCAUUGUGUCUGGACCUAUUUUGACCAUAGUGCAAUGAGAUGGACCUGUUGUUUAAGGAGUGAUUCCAAGUUGUAAGGAAUGAAUUGAAGGUCAUUGUUACCCUUUUCAUCGAAUUCGUGCCAUUUUUA